UAAAUUCGGCUCUGUACUGAUAUUGGCUUCUGUCGUGAAAUAUAGGUUUUUGGUCUACUUCAAUCAGGCAGGCUUUCGCUCAGUUGCUUUAAAGAUAUACAGUAUUCGAUAGUAUUGGGCGAGGAACAUAGAUGGUUCUUGUGUCUGUGCUUAGAAAGAGAUAGAGACGGUGACAAAAUUUCGGACUUUUUUUCUCAUUAACGCGGAGUAGCAUGCGUGAACAAUAUCUUGGUGGACAGUUAGGAUGAUAUCGAGGGAAAACAGAGUGGAUCAAUCCCCAAUCAAGCAGUCUUUCUGCAAGUCACUGAAGAGGGACGCUCACUGGAAAUGCCUGAUUCUUACUUUACUUAUAUACGGCUGUUUGUCUGCAAUCGUUUGGUGUCGGCUGGCUGUCAUCACAACAAUAACUGUUAGUUACUAUGGCCAUCGCAUGGCUAAUACGCACGUGACUAAAUCAAAGCCCUGUGAGGAUGGUUACAUAUAUAUCCCAAUUGCUUUCGUCAUCAUGUUGUAUUUAGUUUACCUUGUGGAGUGUUGGCAUUGUCAUACUCGGUUAGAAUUGAAACAUAAAACUGAUGUUCAAACAGUGUACGAAAAAAUACAAAAGAUGCAGGGAUCGAUUCCGAUUAUCUGGUGGAAAGCGUUGUGCUAUCAUUACAUUCGAAAGACUCGGCAUGUGACAAGAUACAGAAAUGGCGACUCAUUCACCAGUACUCAAGUUUACUAUGAACGCGUCAAUUCCCACACGGCAGGAUCCGCAUUCAAUUUUACCCAGUGUGGAAUGAAGGAUGCCUCUGCCUCGCUCUCUGGCCUUGAAAAAUUUCCGGCGACAAAAAUUAGAUUCACCAAAGGGUAUUCAUUCUUGUGUUCCGAGGCAGAAUAUGAAUUUGAUGAACAACGAAAUAGAUUUUACCGAGAUAAUGAAAGAAGGGACGACUACGUUGAAACGAGGGAGGGAAUGGAUUUGCUCAAUGUUAAUUUUAAGCAGUACAUGAUUGCUUUCAGAGAUCCAGAUAAUCUCCCCUGGUAUGUGUCACAUUUGAUUUUUUGGAUCGCAUCAUUCCUUCUUUUGUCUUGGCCUCUGAGAGUUAUUAUUGAAUACAAAACUGCCUAUGUUCAUUAUCACGUGCAGAAAGUUUUUGGUACAAAUUAUGUCGAAAACGACAUUGAACCUACGCCUAUUAUGCGCGUGAAUACCAUGGGGAGUUCUGAUCUGGAAGUUUUACUGCAGAACAACUACAUAGCUCCAAGCUAUUCUGAGGCCUUAUUAAUGUCAUCUGGCAGGACUAUAGAGAUUCCAGAUGCCAAUGGAAAUGUAUCAAGAACCAAAUAUGGUGCAACGAGAAGUGAGACGUUUGCAGCGCUCUCGUCAGUUAUAAAUGAAAAGGAUUCUUCUCUGAGAAGAAUUCGAUCGGGUACUGCCCUUAGUAUCUUGCCAUGUAAUAGUUUUUGUAUAGUCAAUGGUGGCAUUGUGUUUGAAAAUAACAAUAUGCAAAAUGAUAAUUAUGCAAAUUCCAGACGUAAGGAAGCACGGAGGGCCUUUGUGUUUUCGAGACAAAGUGAACUAAAUUCGUCCGUUAAUUCCCUUUCAGACCCCUUAGUGUACUUAAACCCUAGAUGCGAAACAGCCAGGCUGGUUCGACCUAUGUCAGAUUUAGCCCACUCUUCUGAUCGUGAUACACUACCAUUUCAGAAUAAUUGCGUCGGGCAAGCGUCCGCUUCUAUUAGACAUUGCCCUCGUUUUCAUGACACAGAUCUACGUCAGCUCCCAUGUGAUCCACCUCCUGCUUAUCAGCAAGCACUUGCAAUGCAACAACCGAAAAAGGACACCAAAGAGGAACAUCGACCUAAAGGUCAAUCAACUAGAGCGAGGGUCAUCCCUGAUGAAAACGCUCAUUUGCAAUCAGUGCCAAACCGAAGAAACUACCAUACAAUUAUGGAAACUUCAUUAUAGAAAAAAAUCCCAUAAAAAUAUAUUUAUACAUUGUUAUAAAACUUUUGAAUAAAUGAAAAAUAUUGUUUUCUGUUAUCAGUAACUUUGAAGUGCUUUGGUCCUAAAAUAAGACACAUUUAUGUAAGAUCUGUUAUUG